GAAAACACUUGAAACGCAGGCGCAUUCUGAAUUCAACAAAUAUCUAGUAGCAGCAGCUAGUGCUUUGAAAGCUCACGCUAGCCAACAUGCAAAUGGCUGACAGAGUAAUUUCGGCUGUUUCGGAUUAUCCCGAGUUGUAUAACAUAACUUUAAACUCGUACAAGGACUCACAGAGAAAGGCAAGGGCAUGGAGGGCUGUAAGUCUGCAAGUGGAAAUGCCUGUUGAUGACUGUCAGAAGAAAUGGAAGAACCUGAGGGACACCUUUGUCAGAUUCAAGCGGGCUGAGCAGCAGAGGAAAGCCUCUGGGGAGCCAGAUAGUCACAAGAAGAACUGGAUGCACAGCAGGAGAAUGUCCUUCCUCACCCCCUUCAUCCAGGCCAAGGGCUGGCAAGGAGACACCUCAGGUGACUUGGAGGAUGAGGAGUGGGGAGAGGAUGAUAAGGAAAGGGAGAGGAACGGGGAAAGUGCCACAGAAGGCGUGGAUAAUAAAUCAGCCUUCAUUAUCCACGAGAUCGAGGGGGACCAGGCAGACGAUGAAGAUGCUCCCUCUCCUGACACUGCGUCGGGAUCCAAUGGGCCCAGCCAGAAGAGGAGGUGGCAGAUGGAUGGGAUGGAUGGAAUGGAGGACAUAGAGGACGAGAUGUUCUUCUUUAGUUUGCUCCCGUAUCUUAGGAAGCUCCCCCAUAGAAAGAAGAGUGCUGUAAAACUGAAAAUACACCAACUUUUACAUGAAGCAGCAUUCCAAUAACCCACUGCCCCGCCACGCCCCCUCCUUCCCUCAAUUCUGUUUCCACUAUUUUGUAAAGCAUAAGCCUACAUUUUGUCAUGUUACCAACUAUUAUUCUAUACUCAGUUUGAUACUUUGCCUGUUGUUUAUGGUGAUUGCAAGGUCAAUUGUUAACAAAUAAAUACUUUAUACAUUU